AUGAGCGCCGAGGAGGAGCCCGGGUACCAGACACCACCCACCUGCGAUCUGCUCGAGCUUCUGCUGACGAACAGACGCCCCACUGGAGCCGUCAACGAGGUCUGGCCCGACCUCUACAUCGGAGACGCGCGCACGGCUCAGGAUAAGAGUCUGUUGGUGGAUGUGGGAAUCACACACGUGGUGAACGCUGCAGACGGCCCCCAGCACAUUGACACAGGGCCGGGUUUCUACAAAGGCACCGGCAUACUGUAUCAUGGAGUGGAAGCAGCAGACUGUAAAGAUUUCGACUUGUACCCGUUCUUCACGGAGACGUCUGAUUUCAUUCACGGCGCUCUGAGUCAGGUAGGUAAGGUGCUCGUCCACUGUGCUCGAGGAAUCAGCCGCUCUUCCACCCUCGUGUUGGCCUUCCUCCUGAUCAGAGAGAGACUCUCCCUGGUUGAGGCCGUUAAGGUCGUUCGCCGGCACAGGAACAUUCUUCCCAACCUCGGGUUUCUGCAGCAGCUCCGUCUCCUGGACUCAUCCUUGGCUCCUCAGAGGAGAACAACAUGA